AUUACCGACGCUGUAUUCUGUGAGGAAAAACACACAGGAAACAACCGGCAUGAUAGACAUUUAAGCGUCAAUUUUGGCAGACGAAACAACAUUUAUUGUUCCACAUCGGUUACGGAUAACCGCUUUAAUUCGACUGGAGAAUGGCGGUAAAGUCGCAGUUCCCGCAGUGAAGUUAGAGGCUAUUCUCCUAGUGGAAGCAACUUCAGUUGUGAAGAUUGGGGCCGUUCUUCAGCUCCCGUGUUUCUCGUCCGUGGAGGUGUGAGCUAAGAUGAGCAUAAUCAGUGAUGAGGUCAACUUCCUGGUGUACAGAUAUCUCCAAGAGUCAGGUUUCUCUCACUCUGCGUUCACGUUUGGCAUUGAGAGUCACAUCAGUCAGUCAAACAUCAAUGGCGCUCUGGUGCCCCCUGCUGCUCUCGUCUCGAUACUACAGAAAGGACUGCAGUAUGUGGAAGCAGAGAUCAGCAUUAAUGAGGAUGCUACGUUAUUUGACUGUCAUCCCAUAGAUUCUCUGUCACUCAUCGACGCUGUGAGGGCGUUCAACGACAAACUCCCACAGAAGCAGCAAAACAACUGCACUAUCUCAACCGUUCAGUCUCUCACCACAAAGAACGGUGAAGCGACGCUCAACAGAGACGAGAACGGCACUCAUGCUCUUUAUCAUCACGAGGAGUUGAUGGAGGUGGACAGAGAGAUCCAGAUUCCUGCCAGCAAAGCCACAGUGUUGAGAGGUCACGAGUCUGAGGUCUUUAUCUGUGCCUGGAACCCUGUGUGUGACCUCUUGGCCUCAGGUUCUGGAGACUCAACAGCUCGUAUAUGGAACCUGAAUGAGAACAGUAACAGCGGCUCGACCCAGCUGGUGCUGCGUCACUGUAUUCGAGAGAGGGGGCAGGACAUGCCCAGUAACAAAGACGUCACCUCAUUAGACUGGAACAGUGACGGGACUCUCCUAGCAACCGGAUCUUAUGAUGGAUUUGCAAGAAUAUGGACUAAAGAUGGUAAUCUGAGUAGCACACUGGGACAGCACAAAGGGCCCAUAUUUGCACUGAAGUGGAAUAAGAAAGGAAACUGUAUUCUCAGCGCUGGAGUUGAUAAGACGACAAUAAUUUGGGAUGCACACACAGGCGAAGCUAAGCAGCAGUUUCCUUUUCAUUCUGCUCCGGCUCUGGACGUCGACUGGCAGAAUAACACAACGUUUGCAUCCUGCAGUACGGACAUGUGCAUCCACGUGUGUCGCCUAGGAAGUGAGCGACCGCUCAAGACCUUCCAAGGGCACACGAAUGAUGUGAACGCCAUUAAAUGGGACCCAUCGGGAAUGCUGCUAGCGUCCUGUUCCGAUGACAUGACGUUGAAGAUCUGGAGUAUGAAGCAGGAUUCAUGUGUUCACAAUCUUCAAGCUCACAACAAAGAGAUCUACACCAUCAAAUGGAGCCCGACGGGUGUUGGCAGCAACAACCCCAAUGCCAGCACCUUACUGGCCAGCGCCUCUUUUGACUCAACGGUGCGAUUAUGGGAUGUUGAGAGGGGCGUUUGCGUCCACAGGCUCACCAAACACCAGGAGCCGGUUUACAGCGUCGCCUUCAGUCCUGAUGGGAAGUUCUUGGCCAGCGGAUCCUUUGAUAAAUGCGUGCACAUCUGGGACACUGUGAGUGGAGAUUUAGUGAACAGCUACAAGGGAACUGGAGGAAUAUUUGAAGUGUGCUGGAACAGUUUGGGAGAUAAAGUUGGUGCAAGUGUGUCAGAUGGAUUGGUCUGUGUUGUUGAUCUACGGAAAUAACUCCUGAUGAAUCUGAAGGUGGAUACGGGAUUGUGCAGCUGAAUGUCUUCACUACAUCUCUGCAGCUGUCGGUGGCCAUCUGAACUCAGGCCGUUGAGACCUGCGACCUUACCAAGAAAUAAAAUCCAAAUGUUGAAAAUAAACUUUGAGGAACACAGCUGCUCAAGAUGGCCAGAGCAAGACGGCUUGUGCUGUUGACCAGCGCUGUAACGCAGUAAAUGUGAGAGUUGGAAGACGUCUGGUCAGUGCACUAGAUGGACAGCGAGGAGGCUGAAGAGCCAAAAGCUGGAGAUGUUUAAGUUCAAGAGUUGUUUUAUGUUUUUGUAGUCCAACGGUGUUCGACGCCAACAUUGGACAGCGCUGGUCGGGUUAUUUUGGGCCAGUUUUCCAGUCACGUGCAUGAAGCCUCACUGUAGAAAAACGGAUUUGAAAUGGAGAACAUCCUUUUGGAAGUCACUCUCAGUCCAAAGCUAUGUUUGAUAUGUGCCCUGUUAAACAGCCCAUUAUUCGAAUCUCUCCUCGAUGGAGAAUAGUGAAUAUUUCAAGAGCUUAUACACGAUUUAUUUUUACUUAAACGACUUUUGAGUGUUUUCCAUCUCAACUGUGAAUGAAGAAGUCGACAGCAGAGUACUUGGGGAAAUUAUUUUAUUAAAAUGUUAGAAUUUAUUAACCGUGUUCAUGUUUCUUUACAUAAAAUCAGUUUUCUUCAGAAGUCUUGUAAGUGGGAAAGGAACAUUCUAGGCUGUGUUUGUCCUCAGGCUACGCCCACCGUAUUCGGUUUUUUGUUUGGAAGCGCAUCGGUUUCGCUACGUUUACGCCGCUCAUUUCCUCCACCAAACAAUGAAGCAUUUCGAAAAAGCUCUCUGUUACCGAAAACUUUGGAAAAUGGUGACAAUAGGAAACUGUAGAUUAGAGCGGAUGUGCUAGCUGCGUGCUAGCAGACGCCUUCAUGUUUAUAUGUGUCGUGGCAUGUCCUAACCUAGCCAUUACCAUGGAGGAGAUAGUUCAGGUAAACUGGGCCACUUUUUUACUGCAAUCAGUUUUCCUGAAUUCACCCUAGCUAGUUGCUUCAUCACAUACUUCGGUAGGACAUGGUGUUAAUGCAACAAACAUGGUGAAUGUAGUGUUGCUUUUACACAGUAGUAGUAACCAACACUGCUUUUGUGUUUACCUGCUGUCAACAUGUGCUCCAUCUACUGAUCUUUACCUUCGCGAAAGAGUCACAUUCGAAUUGGAAACGGGCGUUAAAAGCUAGGGUAUAUCUCAUGCACGGUUGAGCGCGUCUGCCUUUAAAAGUAUGGAUGGGGCUGAAUCAUACGCACUAAGACCGUUUGCAUUAUUUAGCACAGUCAACAAUAAGCGAACAGUACGUGUGUACUUUGCUACUGACAAAAUUUGCAUUGCGCUAACUGUGCUGAUGAUGACAUAUGCAUUAAGCGUACUGUGCCGAAGACAAAAUGUGCACCACACGUUGUGCUAAUGACUUUGCAACAUAUGUACUGUGCUUACAAUGAAAUUCGAGUUGCGCUAACUGUGCUGAUGACAAUUUCCUUCCCGUGUUCUGUGCCGAAGACGUUUUCAUUACGUGUACUGUGCACGUACUGUGCCGAUGGCUAAAUUUGCUGCGUAAGUUGUGCUAACAAGUUUGCAGUGCACGUUGUGUGCUAAUGAUGUAAAUUUGCAUCACAUAUACUGUGCUAAUGACAAUUUGUGUCACGCGUACUGUGCUGAUGAUGAAAUUUGAAAUGCACUAACUGUGCUGAUGACAUAUUCAUUACGUGUAUUGUGCGCGUACUGUGCUAAUGUCAAAGUUUGCAUCACGCGUACUGUGGAAACAACUGAAUUUGCAUCAAGCUAACUGUGCCAAUGACUAAAUUUGCAGCGCACAUGCUGUGCGGAUACGUGCUUAUGACAAUUUGUCACGCGAACUGUGCUGAUGAUAAUUUUCAUUACGUGUACUGUGCACAUACUGUGCGGAUGGCUACAUUUGCGGCGUAAUUUGCGCUAACGAAUUUGCAUCGCAAGUACUGUGCCUACGAUGAAAUUUCAGUUGCGCUAAUUGUGCUGAUGACAUUUUCAUUAAGUGUACUGUACGCGUACUGUGCUAAUGUCAAAGUUUGCAUCAUGUCUACUGUGCACGUAUUGUGCUAACAACUAAAUUUGCAUUGCGCUGGCUGUGUGGAUACAUGCUAAUGAUAAUUUGUCACGCGUACUGUGCUGAUUUUCAUUACACGUACUGUGCUAAUAACUACAUUUCUUUACAUUUAAUGUGUGCGUACUACGCUGAAAACAAAAUUUGCACCACACGUUGUGCUGAUGACAUUUUCAUUACGUGUACUGUGCUAAUGUCAAAAUGUGUGUCACGCGUACUGUGCACGUACUGUGCUAACAACAACUAAAUUUGCAUUGCACUAACUGUGCUAAUGUGAAUUUGCAUCACACGUACUGUGCUAAUGAGAAUUUGCCUUACGUGUACUGUGCCGAUGAUUAAAUUUGCGUCACACGUAGUGUGCUAAAAAAAAAAAGUGCAUUGCCCUAACUGUGCUAUUGUCAAUUUGCUGAAUGUGUACUAUGCUAAUGACUUUGCGUUGCAUGUACUGUGCUAACGACUAAAUUUAAGUUGCGCUAACUGUGCUGAUGACAUUUUCAUUAGGUCUCAAUGUCAAAAUUUCUGUCACGCGUACUGUGCACGUACCGUUCUAAUCACAAAAUUUGCAUUGCGCAAACUGUGCUAAUGACAAUUUCUGUAACGCGUACUGUGCACGUACCGUUCUAAUCACAAAAUUUGCAUUGCGCUAACUGUGCUAAUGACAUUUUGUGUCAUGCGUACUGUGCUGAUGACAACAUUUUUAUUACACGUACUGUCCGCAUACCGUUCUAAUCACAAAAUGUGCACUACCCUAACUGUGCUGAUGACAAUUCACGUCAGGCGUACUGUGCUAAUGACGACAAAAUUUGCAUUGCUAACACUGUACGUAAGUAGCAGCACGCAAACAACACAAGUAUACUUUGUCUGUACUUACCAGAGACUGAUUCAUUAGUCCUAGUGUUUCCUUUAAGCUGUGAUUGGUGCCUCACCUUGAUAUGAUCUUUAUUAAACCAGCAAUGAGCAUUGUUUGAGAUCCCUGAUGAAAGGGUCCAUCUUUAAUUCCACACUGUACACCGCAUGAAAAUGGAAGUCUUAAGACACAAAACCCAUUUCCCAUUUUAAAACGUAAAGCCUUACAGUGAUGCUUGAUUGAAGCUAGCUUCCUCUGUUCACCAGAAGUGCUUAUUGUAUGUGUCCGACUUAAAAUUGCAAUGUGAUUGGACGAUGUCUUGGCACGUGAAGAGCUGGCAGUUGGCCAGCGCGUGUUUUGACGUGUAUCUGACCCUGUCUCCAAAUGUAACGUGAAUCUGUUUCAUCUCAG